GAGACCAUUUCUCGCGAUCUGUAUGACCUUCCACGACCUUCCAGCAUUCCGGAGUAAAUAUUGUUGACGCGGUCCAAGUGGAUGAUGAGUCACCACUGCUUUCAGGCCACGACAACCCAACUACCGAUGGGUCCAUGCAUGCAGGAUCCUCCUGUGUGUAUAUAUAAGACCUUAUUCAACUAUGAUCCAUCAUCCCCAGCGUCUUUACCCGGUUCUCCUCUAGUAGUCCGCUUCCCUCACCAUAUUAUCAGUGAUGUCGUCGCCUCUUGCUAUCAAUUACCCAACGUCGUCAUCAUCUAGCCUCUACAUCCCCGUGCAUCGACGGGCACCUUCAACGGGCUCACCGAGCUCAUCAUGUGCUUCGUCACCAGCGCCAUCAUCGCGCUCAUUAUCACCCAUGCUUCAUGAUGGGCAUCCCUCUCUGCCUAUCUACACACCUUCAGACUUGCUACUGUUGGCAUCAUCGCCUCUAUCAAGGUUCUCGUCUGAGGAAUUAAGCGCCUUGCGAGCUGUAGCGCCAGAAAUCGUGCAAACCCGCAAGCAGCGCAAAUCACAUGAAUGGCAUAUGCGCCAGAGCCCAUCCUCGAGCCCAUCGCGCAAACGCUCUCAGUUUCCCUCGCGGUCAAAUCCAAACACUUCUGAAUCAGAGGGGGAGGGGCUAGGAUGGAGGAAGUAAUAUACCCGCCGAGCAACUCCAUCGCUC